UUUAAUGUGUGUAUGAUUACGUAUAUAUGCUAGGAAAUUGCACUACUUCGUAGAAAAGAAAAAGGAGAAGAAGGGAAAACCAUGAGUUGGGUUUUCAACCUUUUAGGCUGGAACCCCAAAACCACUAAUUACCAAACCCCACUUUCCCCCAUUCAUCUACAUAUAUCCCUGUAUGUUCUUAUACGUUUAUAUAUGUAUCUACAAUCGAUCAUUCUCAUAUAUGUAUAUUCCCCCAUACUAGAAAACAGUUGGAUAGAAAGCUUUACAGAAGAAAACUGCGCUUUACUUUCUCAAAAGGAAGCUUCGGUGUCUGUAAAUUUGUUGGAGUAUAUGUUUAUCAUCAACUUUACGAGGCUGUGGAUCAGCAUAGAAACUGUUAUAUUUGAUUGUUCAUAGACGCCAUCGUUUUUAAAUUUUUUGGGUUUUGAUUAAACCUUUCUUUUGGUCUGGAGUCCUGAUUGUACUUAAUUUCAAGAAAAUGGGUUCGUCGGAUCGAUUGUUUAACAGGCAGAGAACUGUUCAUGAGAUCCUUGGGGGAGGACUUGUUGCAGAUGUGAUGUUGUGGAGGACAAAAAAACUUACAGUGGGAAUUCUGUUAGUGACUCUUGCUGUUUGGUUGGUGUUUGAGAAAUCUGGCUAUACACUUCUAUCACUUGUCUCUAGUGUUCUAUUGCUCCUACUUGUCAUUCUUUUCCUCUGGGCCAAAUCUGCAGAACUUCUAAACCGACCGCCUCCACCACUACCAGAUUUGUGUCUCUCGGGAGAAGUGGUAAACGAAAUAACAGGUUUUAUUCACAGUCGCAUCAAUGCAUUGCUCUUGACAUCCAAGGAUAUUGCUCUGGGAAAGGACACAAGAAUGUUUUUCAGAGUUGCUGCAUAUUUGUGUGUACUUUCUGUUGUUGGGGGCUUCACUGAUUUCCUUACCUUGGGCUACACCAGCCUUCUUGUUAUUCUAACCAUUCCAGCACUCUAUGAGAAGUAUGAAGACGAUAUAGAUAGAUAUAUACUAAUGGGUUGCAGAGAACUGCAGCAGUUGUGCGUGAAAUUUGAUGCGGAGUAUCUCGGUAGGGUUCGAAAGUGGAUUUUCGACUUUGAGAAGCAGAAACUAAGCUGACCCUUUUGUUUUCUUUUGUCGUGUGCUUGCUUUUGCGCUGAGGAGUGUUGAGGAUGGUGUGAUAAAGUUGCACUAAGCCUCGUUCAGAUUGUUCCGGAAUGGUUCAUUUUUUUAAUCAUGUCUCUUAACAGAGAUUGUUUUGGAAUUGUGACUAGAAAAAACAGCAGGUGCUCUACCUGUUUCAGAUUUGACGAGUUUUGGAAGUUAUAUCUGCAUUACGAGAGAGAUACAAUGCUUUUGUAAUUGUGUGAGUUGAACAUCUAGGUUUUGGGGGUUUUAGGAAUUAUAUCUGUAUGCAGAGAACAAUACAAUGCUUCUGUAAUUGUAUGAGUUGAACAUGUAUUGAUUGGGUGAUUGUUUUAUUGUACUUCAAAAAAAGUAGUUUCAGCUACAAGAUGAUUGUGCUAUUCA